UUGGAUCAAUGGAAAGGGACCUCUUUAGGCCAUAAGCCCCUCCGAACUAUUAACCGAAUUGCACAGGUAUACGCAGAGGUAUUUAUGAGUAGACAUUUCUUAUAUAACUGCAGCCAACCAGUCCUGGAUGUGAAGAUAGCCUUUUGUCAGGGUUUUGGAAAACAAGUGGAUGUGUCAUAUAUCGCCAAACAUUACAACAUGAGCAAAAGCAAAGUGGACAACCAGUUCUACAGCGUGGAAGUGGGAGACUCUACCUUCACAGUUUUAAAACGCUACCAGAAUUUAAAGCCCAUCGGCUCUGGAGCUCAGGGAAUCGUCUGUGCGGGCUAUGAUGCUGUCCUCGACAGAAAUGUAGCCAUUAAGAAACUGAGCAGACCCUUCCAGAACCAGACCCAUGCGAAGAGGGCGUACCGGGAGUUGGUGCUCAUGAAAUGUGUCAAUCACAAAAAUAUAAUCAGUUUAUUAAAUGUCUUCACACCACAGAAAUCAUUAGAAGAAUUCCAAGAUGUGUACCUAGUGAUGGAGCUCAUGGAUGCUAACUUGUGUCAGGUGAUUCAGAUGGAGCUCGACCAUGAGAGAAUGUCCUACCUGCUCUACCAGAUGUUGUGUGGUAUCAAACAUCUGCACUCGGCCGGGAUAAUCCACAGGGAUCUCAAACCCAGCAAUAUAGUGGUGAAAUCAGACUGCACCCUGAAGAUCCUGGACUUCGGGCUGGCCAGGACCGCAGGCACCAGUUUCAUGAUGACCCCGUACGUGGUGACGCGGUACUACAGAGCCCCGGAGGUCAUCCUGGGAAUGGGAUACAAAGAGAACGUGGAUAUUUGGUCGGUGGGGUGCAUUAUGGGAGAAAUGGUGCGCCACAAAAUCCUUUUUCCCGGGCGGGACUACAUUGACCAGUGGAACAAGGUGAUUGAGCAGCUGGGCACGCCCUCUCCCGAGUUCAUGAAGAAGCUGCAGCCCACCGUGAGAAACUACGUGGAGAACCGGCCAAAGUACGCGGGCCUCACCUUCCCCAAGCUCUUCCCCGACUGCCUUUUCCCCGCUGACUCUGAGCACAACAAACUCAAAGCGAGCCAAGCCAGAGACCUGCUGUCCAAGAUGCUCAUCAUCGACCCGGCCAAGCGGAUAUCGGUGGACGAGGCCUUACAGCACCCCUACAUCAACGUGUGGUACGACCCGGCCGAGGUGGAGGCGGCCAGAGAUCUCAUCCAAAUAACCAUGCCUCCACCUCAGAUCUACGACAAACAGCUGGAUGAACGAGAACACUCUAUUGAUGAAUGGAAAGAACUUAUCUACAAAGAGGUGAUGAACUUUGAGGAGAGAACGAAGAAUGGCGUUGUGAAGGGACAGCCUUCACCUUCAGGUGCAGCCGUGAACAGCAGCGAGAGCCCCCCCCCCUCCUCCUCCAUCAACGACAUCUCCUCCAUGUCCACCGACCAGACCCUGGCCUCGGACACCGACAGCAGCCUGGAGACCUCGGCCGGAGCCCUGGGGUGCUGCAGGUGA